GUGUUACAUCGUUGAGAUCCGGUCUCUGAUAGCUUGACCCAAGUGAUACUGGGAUUGUCGUCGGCUUCUGUCUUGGCUUUGCCGAAGCUCCCUUCUUCCCCGGAAUUGUGUUUCAAGCUUGUAUCUAAACGGUACAAGCCAGACUCUGAGGUCGCCUCGAGACUAGCUCUCGUUUCUUGUGGAAGUUUUCUCAGCUUUGCAUUCGAUUCCUGUUUGCAUCUGCUAUACUCCGCGAUAUGCAGGACAAAUUUGGUCAAGCUGCAUGGAGGCAGGUGACGAUCGUUUCUAUAACUGAAUGAUUUGUAGAUGGUUGUUUUACAUUAAAGGCGGUAUCACCAUCUUGGUCGCGGUUUGCGUGAUGUUCAUACUUCCUGGUUUCCGGCAAAACACCGUGACCAAGUGGUUCACCCCAGAGGAAAGAGCAAUUAUUAUCUCUCGCCUUGCAGAAGAUGGCUAUGGUAAGGCUGACAAGCUUGGGAAGCAGACGACCAUGAAAGGACUACGAGAUGUGGUGGUUUUUGGUCGCGGCAAUGUUCCAGGCAGUAGAGUAGUCUUUCUUCACUUAUUUCCCAACACCGUGCGUGACACUGGGAUAUGGCACGACUGUAACGCUGUUUCUUUGCGUUCCUCCAUGGGUAUUCGCGGAAAAUCGCAUCUCGCGCAGAUCAGGUACUCUGACACGAAGCAGAGGCGUUACAAAUGCUUCGUUGCACUCGGCACCCUUGCAUUCAUCAUGUCGAUCUUAAGGCUCCCCGCUAACGGUUUCACUGUGAGUGGCAUCGCCGGUCGUGAGUCGUCACUGUUGUACUCAGAAACGUACAGGUUCCUGAUGGCUCAAGCUAUCGCUGGAUACUUGGUGCUCCUAGCUUGGAUCAGCAGCACUUUCUUCAGAGAACCUGCGAAGCGCGUCGUUGCUAUUACCCGAUGA